AUGCCGGCAACCCAAGAACCAGCGCCCUUCCCGACCAACUUCACCAUAAAAACCGCCCGCCUCCAAAUAAGCCCCUUCAACUGCACAGACACAACCCACUGCAAUUUCUUAGUCGAACUCUGGAACACAGAGGACUUCAUCACCUCCUGCGGCAAAACCUCAAUAGACACCCCGGAAAAAGCAUCCUCAUUCCUCCAACGCCGUGUCUUAGCAGAUUACGCCCGCAAUGGCUACGGCAUGUUCCUAGUCUCGCGCCAAGGCGAAGACGACACGCAAAUCCAUAUUGGAGUUGUUUCCCUUAUGAAGGGAGCACCACCGGGUCCGCAUUAUCUUGCGCCAGAUGUUGGGUAUACUAUCCUACCCCAGGAAAGUGGCAAGGGGUAUGCGACUGAGGCUGCGAAGGGGUUAUUGGAGUACGCACGUGCGGAGCUUGGAAUUGAUGCUGUUUUCGGAUUUUGUGCCGCGGAUGAUAAGCGGAGUGGUAGGGUUUUGGAGAAGAUUGGGCUUGAGGCUAGAGGAGUUAAGGCUUUGAGUGUUUUUGGGGGGAAGGAGAGUGCUGUUUAUGCUUCGGCUGGGAUGAGUGUGGAUUUGGGGGUUUAUGGCCUUCAUGACUGA